AUGGCUCCUCCAGCGAUUAUUGCCCCGUCGAUCCUAAGUGCCGAUUUUGCGAAGUUGGGCGAGGAAUGCGCCAAAACGAUGAAGCAGGGGGCGGAUUGGUUACACGUCGAUAUUAUGGACGGCCAUUUCGUGCCCAAUCUCACCUUCGGGCCCCCAGUCGUGACCAAGAUACGAAGUUAUGUCGACCGUCCCAACCGGCCUUUCGCGAGAGGCACGUUCGAUUGCCAUAUGAUGAUUGCAGAGCCUCAUCGCUGGGCCAAGAACUUCCGCGACGCCGGCUGUGAUCUAUACUGUUUCCAUUAUGAGGCCGCGGUAUCAAGUGUGGCAGCCACCGACCCUGAAGACAAGACAACGACGCGCCCAACAUCUCCCAAAGAAUUGAUCCGCUAUAUCCACGAACUCGGCAUGCAAGCCGGAAUUGCCAUCAAACCCGAAACGAGCGUCGAUGUCUUGUGGGAUAUUCUGGAGACUGAGGUUCCUGAAGAGCGGCCUGAUAUGGUCCUCGUCAUGACGGUGCACCCGGGCUUUGGCGGCCAGAAGUUCAUGGCCAGCGAACUGCCCAAAGUCGAAGCGCUGCGCAAGAAAUAUCCCAAUCUUAACAUCGAGGUUGACGGCGGCUUGGGAGAAAAGACGAUUGAUCAAGCGGCAGAUGCGGGCGCCAACGUUAUUGUAGCAGGAAGCGCCGUGUUUGGCGCCCAAGAUCCGGCCCAUGUUAUUCAAGUUUUGAGAGAGGCGGUGGAGAAAAGAAGGACCGGGAAUUUAUGA